AUGGAAGGAGAGUCGGAGCAUGCGCCGCCGCAGAGGCAGGAGCCGCCUGUGUUCAAGGCCCCAAGGCUAGUCUCGCGCCCAAAGCCUCCGGUGCAGCAAGAGGAGGAGAUGGGCUCUGAGAUCAAGCUGGGCGAUUUCGAGGAUGUCCACGCCCUUUCCGUCUCCGAAGCGCGCGCCGUCGUCACAGCCGUCCACGAGGCACGAAAGAAGAAGGACCCUGAGAACAAUCCGCUGCGCGACAGGAUAUACAAUGAUAGCAUAACCAUUACGCAGUUUCUCGAUUACCUCGACAACUUUGCGCGCUACAAGGAGGAAGACAGUCUGCACUCCAUCGCUGCCCUUUUCGAUGCCCAUCCCGAGAUCUCCGUUGUUGAAAAGGCGCUGCUGGGAACGCUCACCCCGGAUACCGCAGAGGAGGCCACCACCCUCAUUCCAUCCCUGAACAUGGACGAGGAAGAGCUCCAGUUGAUUCUGGAUGAGCUGAACAAAAUGCAGGAUCGGCUUCGAUAG